AUGGCAGAAUUCUCAACUACCGAACAGACUGCGGUCGAUAAGCCAGUUCAUACAAUCAUUCUCGACUCUUCACCUCUCUUACUGAAUACCCCCGGCAUCUCAACUCUUCUCGCAAACGCACAUGAUCUUGUCACAACUCCUUCAGUGAUCUCUGAGAUAAGAGGCGAGGAGGCAAGGUCAAGAAUAGAUACACUCUACCGUCCUUUUCUAACCAUCCGAAACCCCAAGUCGGAAACAGUUAAACUGGUCAGAAAUUUUGCUCGAAAGACUGGAGAUGGCGCAGUUCUCAGUUCGACGGAUUAUGAAGUCCUUGCCCUAGCGUACGACAUUGAAUGCGAGCGGAACAGAGGAAAUUGGAGAUUGAGAUCUGCACCUGGACAGAAGAGCUUGAAUGGUAGCCCGCCCUCAAAAGAGGCCCAGACACACCUGUUACCUCAGAGAGAGGAAGCAAAUUCAAUACAAGCAGAGGGAGAACCUUCAAUACCAAUAUCAACAGAGGAAGGAAUUUCUCCACCAACACAAGAAGCAUGCGAUUCUCUACCGAAUGCCGAGAUUGAAGACGUCAAUAAGAUUGAACAGAAGAUUGCCGAGGUAGACCUUGAAGAUCACACCAAAUCACAAGAUUCGGAAGCAGUGGAAAAUGCGACUACAGAUACUGAAGCAGAAUUACCACAACCGCAGAUAUCGACCGGGAACGAGCCGGAAGAGGUCUUAGAUGCGUCCCAAGAACAUGAAGAUGAGUCUGAUUCCGAAUCUGGUUGGAUCACGCCAGCAAACAUCAAGAAAAAGAAGGCCAAAGAUGAGGCCGCCAGUAGUAAGACUGGAAAAGAAAACAAGCACCUGCAAGUUGCAACCAUGACGGGUGAUUUUGCCAUGCAGAACGUACUUCUUCAGAUGAAUCUCAACCUUUUAUCCACCAAGACAUGUCAGCGUAUAUCCCAGAUCAAACAAUUCAUCCUGAGAUGCCAUGGCUGCUUCUCCACCACCAAAGAGAUGUCAAAACAGUUCUGUCCGCGAUGUGGCCAACCGACUCUCACAAGAGUGAGUUGUUCCACCAAUGACAAAGGUGAGGUCAAAUUGCAUCUCAAGGCCAAUAUGCAAUGGAACAACAAGGGCAAUGUUUUCUCUGUACCAAAGGCAGCGGCUGGAACUUCGAAUCAAAAAUGGAAGGGUCCCAAACAAGGUGGAGGACAAGGCGGCUGGGGUAAUGAUCUCAUUCUGGCUGAAGAUCAGAAGGAGUAUAUUCGAGCCAUGUCAACGAUGAAACGCAGUAAAGAGCGCGAUCUCAUGGACGAAGAUACCCUUCCAAGCAUCCUCUCCGGGAACAGAGACCAUGGAUCGGGCAGGAUACGUGUGGGAGCAGGUAGAAAUGUGAACUCGAAAAAGCGGUAG